UUACUGGCAGGAGGAGGAGGAAGAGUGGAAGAGGAAACUACAGACAUUUCAAGAACAUACCGGAAAUAUGGCGGAAAACAAACCACAAUCUAAUACAAGAAUUGACAAAAAUUGUAUUUUCUGUUUGAUAGCCAACGAUCAAGACAAAGAAACAAAAGUCAUCACAAAGAACAACGAGCUGGUGUGUUUUAGAGACAUCGUCCCUGCUGCUCCUCACCAUUACCUGGUUGUACCCAUACAGCACAUACACAGCUGCCUCUCACUGAACAUGGAACACAUCGGCCUCGUUGAAAGGAUGGCUGAAAUGGGGAAAGCUGUUCUACACAACCAAGGGAUCACUGACAUGAGGAACAUAAGUCUGGGCUUCCACCAACCUCCCUUCACUUCAGUUGAUCACCUCCACCUCCAUGUGCUCGCCCCCAGCAGCCAAAUCUACAGCUACUUGAACUAUAAGUUCAUUCCAACCACCGACAGGAAGAACGUCUCCGGAGGUAUCUAAAGGAUAAAAGUCCAUCAGCCCAUGAUAAUUUGUGUUUACCAUGUUGAGACAUUACAGCGAUGACAACAUUAUAAACUGUCGUCUGGAAAGAACAUUAUCUGGAAACUGAGUCAGUAAAUGAGAUAAUGAAGCGGAUAAAUCAAUUAGUUUUGAAAGGAAAGCCAUAGCAUUGAGAUGUCACUGUAGAGAAACGACUACACACGCUGGACGUCUGUAUGUGCAGCAGACAGUAUGCUAUGCACAUACAGUAUAAUCAGUUGUAUUGUACUGUUUGUUGUCGGCUUUGUCUGUAUGAAUGUAUGUAAAUUACCAAAGUGUGAAAUUAUAUUUAUUAUAUUUUAUGGUCCGUGAUAAAGAAAAACAAUGGAUUGACUCCAUUGAACACCAUUCUGUGUGUAUGGGUUUCUUGAGAUAUCUUAAAAUGAAAUUAUUUUGAACAGAA